GAAGCGACGCACCUUGUGUUGUGUGAUUAAAAAUCGUCCCAACUUGUAGCAUCCACAAAGAAACAGAAAAAUGUUUUCUACUCUAGAGCUUUUCUGUUUGUGUACAGUUAAAAAGUUUUCUAGUUGUAAUACAUUUCUGUAUUUAGAGCUAAAAAUGGCAAAAACAAUAACUUUAAUUCUAUAUCUGCCAAAAUUCAUAUAUUACGAGUAGAGUAAAAGCUACGUCAGUGCCUGCGAGUCAAACUCAGGGUUUUUUCUCACGCUAAUUUUUUCUUUCGGUAACGUCCGUAAAGGUAUGUACGUCAGUCUCGGAAAACACGCCCCUUUCUAUGUGGAGAAGACGGUCGGCCAUUUUAAGUGUAUCAGUCGUCAUUUCACAUCGCUACAGUAGGACGGAGAACGUCAGGAUUCAAUUUCAGCAUAUUUCUCUUACAACUGUAGUGGAGAAUUGCCUACUAUGAACUGAAUCUCUUCCUAAAACCAAAACAAGUAGAUCCUAGUGAAGUGACGCAUAAGCCAGUAGAGUCCAGUGUCGAGUUGUAAUUUUUUUGCUCCUCAAUGUAGCUAGAGGAAAUGGCUGUGGAAAGCAUGACUGUCCAUCCAAACUCCCCAACUACCAACCACGAACACAACAGUCUUCUGACUGACGAAAGGCCUGAAGAUGGAGAAUUGGAGGAGGGCGAGUUGAAAGAUGAUGCAGGGGAUAUUGAGGAGGAGGAAACGGGCCAAGAUUUGUCUGCAGCAGCAGGACAAGGAGGAGAUAGGGGUGACGAUGCAGGAGGAGGGGGUGACGAAGGAGGAGAAGGGGCAACAAAGAGGUCUCAUCGAAGCCGGGACCGCCACCCAAGCAGCGCUUCAGAUGAUGAGAGAUCGCACCGGCACAAGAGGAAGCGGAAGAAAGAGAAGGAGCGGGAAAGAGAAAAGAGGAGGGCCAAGAAGAAACGCAAAUCAAAGCAUAAACGGCAUGCGUCUUCUGAUGAUGACCACUCAGACUUCAGUGAUGACUCUGACUACAGUCCAAGCGAGAAGAGGAAGUACAGAGAUUUCAGUCCACAGUACACCUCUUCUUCUCACGUGGGCUACGGUGGACCGAAGAAAGGGAGCUACAUGAAGAUGGACAAACAGGUUUAUGGGGGCUAUGAUGACUAUGAAGAUGACAUCUAUGAGGGAGAGGAGGAUGAAGACAUGGGUGAUGAAGAGUAUGAUGACUUUGCAAAGGAACUCAACCAGUAUCGCAAGGCCAAGGAGGGAGGCCGGGGUGCAAGAGGGGGCAGAGGUCGCAUGAAGAGUCUAAGAGGCCGUGGAGGAAUAAGGGGAGGAAGAAGGGGGAGAGGAGGAAGCAGAGGACGAGCGGGGAGAGUUGGAAGGAUGGGCGGAGAUGAUGAUGGGGACAACUAUGGAGAGGAUAUGGAGUAUGGAGAGGAGGACUAUGACAUGGGGGACGAUGAUUAUGAUGACUACUCCAAAGAACUCAGUCAGUAUAAAAGGUCUAAAGACAGAGGCAGAGGAAUUAAAGGAGGCCGUGGUCGAGGUCGAGGUAAAGGAGGGCGAGGCAUGAUCCGAGGAGCAAAAGGCCGAAGCAGAGGGCGAGGAAGAGGUGACAUGGGGAACGAUGACGACAACAACGGGGACAUGGACAACGGGGAUGGAGGUGAUGGAGGUGGUCCAGGAGCAGGGAGGAGACAUCAUCAUGAAAAGCACCAGGACAAGAAAGGAAAAGCCAUCUGCAAGUACUACAUCGAGGGGAGAUGCACCUGGGGGGACCACUGUAAUUUCAGCCAUGAUAUCGAGCUGCCGAAGAAGAAGGAGCUUUGUAAAUUCUACAUCACUGGAUUCUGCGCCCGCGCCGACCACUGUCCCUACAUGCAUAGUGAAUUCCCUUGUAAGCUGUUCCACACCACAGGAAACUGUGUUAAUGGAGAUGAGUGCAUGUUCUCACAUGAAUCCCUCAAUGAUGACACUCAGGAGCUGCUCAACAAGAUGCUUGCAGAGGAUGCUGAGGCUGGAGCUGAGGAUGAAAAGGAGGUGGAGGAGCUGAAGAAGCAGGGGAUCAACCCUCUUCCUAAACCCCCUCCUGGAGUCGGUCUUCUCCCCACUCCUCCUCGCCCUGUUUCAAUGGACACAAACAUGGGGGCUGUGGACUUUGGUGGAGCUGUACCUGGUGACUUUGGGGGUCCUCCUGGACCCAGUCAACUUCCUCUUGCAGGGAAAGGUCCACCAAUUCCACCCCCUGUCCCUGGGCUUAACCCCCCUGUUGGUCCAGUCCACAGUCCUGAUGGAAGCCCCUUCCAAGGAGGACCACCCACAAACCCCAGCUGCCCUCCUCUACACAUGGUUCCCCCGCCUGCUGUUGGUGGAACAGGAGCGUCAGCGGGGAAGAAGAUUCCUUCAUUGUUUGAGAUUAAAGUUCAGCCAACGGGACAACUGGCUCAGAAACUGGCUGUCAGAAGCCAGACUCCCAAUAGCGGUCAGGCUCAGACUGCACCUCCUGGACCCCAGGGCCCCCCGGGGGUUGCGCCGCCCCGCUUCCCUGGACCUGCAGGCAUGAUGCCCCCUGAAUUGCAGAACAUGGGACCCGGUGGAGAACCCAUUAUGGGGGGUUUUGGAUGUGGUGACGUCCCUGCUCAUGCAGGGACAGGACCUCCCCAGGGUGGAGGAAGCUUCUUCAACGAGUUCUACAAUCAGCAGGACGGGAUGAAGAUGGAGGGAGUUCAAGAGGGUGGCGACAGGUUUCAAAGUUUUUCCGGCAUGGACAACAGAGGAGGGACUGGAAACAGAGAAGGUCCUGCUAAUGGGGCCACAGCCAGUCAGGGAAGCAUCUCUGUGCCAGACUUUCUGCCUCCUGCUCAGCGUGUCCUGUUCAUGAGGAUACAGCAGAAACAGCAGGAGGAAGAGGAGAGAGCUCGCAGGAUGGCUGAUGGAGGGGCAGAAAAGACCAAAAAUGUUGAAGGUGACUCGGGGAACUGGUACUCCAGUGAGGAUGAGGAUGGUGGCAGUAGCGUGACCUCCAUAUUGAAGACACUUCGUCAGCAGACCCAGGCUCCUCAGAAACCUGACAGCCAUCCGAGCGACUCUCGUCUCCAAAAGGCUUCUGCUGCCCACCCUCCAGCUCGCCCAGCAGACCCCCGCCUGGCCCGAGACCCCCGCCUGGCACGCGCUGUAGAGUCGGCCCACAUGUCUGAUGGUGCUCAGCCAACGGCUCCGUCGUCCUUGGGACCACCUACAGACCCAAGGUUAGCCAGACUUGCUGCUGCCACCUCUGCAGGGUCCACAUCACAUUCGCCUCCUGCUUCAAAACCAGAACCUGUCCUGGUCUACAAGCCCCCACCGCUCACUGCUCCAGCAGCAGAGGAGGAGGAGACGGAGCGAGUUUUACGGGACAAGCCUGUGCCGAUUCCGUUGGACCCGCUUAUGGGUAUGGCUCUGAGAGACCCACGCUCACAGUUGCAGCAGUUCAGCCACAUCAAGAAGGACAUUGUUUUGCAUAUGCCCGCAUUCUCAAAAACUGUCACCUGGUCACCUGAAGAUCUCCUUCCACUUCCAAUUCCCAAGCAGGACCUCCUGCCACUCCCACCAGGCAUCCCUCCUGUGCCCUCCCUGGAUCCACGCAUGUCCAGAGCCCAGCAGCAGCUCCACACAUCACCACCCCCACUCACACAGCCCAUUCCAUCCUUAGACCCCCCUGCAUCCUCCUCAACCUCCUCCCUUCCAGACUUUGAGCUGUUGUCUCGUAUCUUGAAGACAGUUAACUCCAUACCGCCCCAGACUUCCUCCCCUCCUCACGUGCCCACUCCCACUCCUCCCUUGUCGCUACUUGGUCAACCUCCCCCCGUGACUACCUCACCUGCAGAAAAACCCAUCGACCCUCGAGUACGUAAACCCCCGUCUGACCCCCGUCUGCAGCCACAGAAGUCAGCACUGAAGCAACCAUCAGAACCAGUUCCCUCUGGUCCAGUUCCUUCAACGUCUCCAGCAAUUUCAUCUUGUUCCUCCCCUCCAACCAUCGCCCCCUACGACCCCAGGCUGCUCUCCUCAGGAGGGGCAGGCCGCAGUGUGACUACUGGGGCACCAGGGGGAGCCAGUGUGCUAAGCAGCAUCAGCCUGUAUGACCCACGGACUAACAAACCAGGUAGCCCUGGUACCAUCAGUGGCUCCAACAACUCCCCCAACUCAGCCAGUGCAGAGUCUAAAUCCAAUGAGCCCCCAGCGAGUAAACCUAAGUCCAAGGAGCCACUGUUUGUUCGGAAAUCUGCUCUGGACCAACCGGAGCCGGAGAAGACUGGAGAGCAAGGAACUGAUAGGUAUAACAGCUAUAACAGGCCCCGGCCCAAACCCGCUCCCUCUCCUAACUCCACGGCCCAGACAGGACCUGCUGCUGCCGCCGGGGCUCAGGGCGCCCCUGCAGGGGCUGCUGACCAGGGACCCGCAGGGGUCCACAACCUGCCGGUGUCCUCCCUGUUUGGGGGCCUUAAACAGGCAGCCAAACCCGGCGGGACGAGCAGCCCGUUUGGAGGAAACAGCCCAGCGCAGUCUGAACAGGCUGCCGCUGAGCAGGACAACGCCUCACUGAAAGACGUGUUUAAAGGCUUCGACCCAACAGCCUCACCCUUCUGUCAAUGAUACCAUUGAAACAGAGAGCCAAUCAGGUGGCUCAUGUUUUAACAUUAUUGGACGCUGAAGAGGUCAGUGAUAAAACAGAGUGGGCUGUGAAAACAGCCUGUAAGACACAAACCUCUGUGAUCAGGCUGCUGCACUGAGGACUGAAAUUCUCUGAGAGACUCUGUGUUGAUGGAAAAAGUUAGAUUUCUAUUUUAAACGUAUUGGUGUAUAAAAAGAUGUAUUCUCUUGUUUCAGAUAUCAACAGAAGACAUUUAUAUAGAAUGAACAUUUUAGCUUUACGCCCACUUUCUUAUUGUUUUGUUCUGCUGCAGAGUUUGUGCUUAAUGUCAGCAGCGUUCUGGGAACAAAUCAGAUUUUCUGUUUUUCAUCUCAGCACCAAAAUGUGUCUCAUUUAGUUAUUUUCAGUUUUGAGACAAAUAUUUAAACACUUUUUUUAUUUUUUUUGUUUUCUGGAGAAACACAUCUAAAUAUAAAUCUAUAUUCUGCCUGUUUUUUUUUUUUUUUUUAGUAUUUAUUUUUAUACUUCUUGUCACUGUCAGCUUGUGUUGUCUGAGGUUUAGAUUCAUGUUUUCCUGCUUGUUUCUCCCCCAGCUGUUCCAGGUCACAUCUGAGUGCUUACCUUUCAGUCUUGCCUCUGCACCCGCUAUCACCCGCUUAGUCUGUUUUUUUUUGUUUUUUUUUUACCAUUUACUUAACCACCUGCCUCAUAAUUAUUUUUUUGUUUUUGUUUUUACUGGUUGUAAAAACCUAAGAAUUUGUCAAAAUGUUGCUGCACACAUUGUUGAGGCAUCCCUUCCACCUCCCUAGUCAGUGCUACACAGAUACAUUGCAAUGCUGUUCAUUUUCCUUCUUUUCCUCUAACUUAUUCAGUUUUAGUCGCUGUUCCCGGCGGGAAGGGAAAAUCUCUUCCUCCGGAGCAUCAGUGCAGAUUUCUAAGAGCGGUGGGAGGAAUUGCAUCCCUCGGUUGUUUCCUGUUUCCAAGCUUAAGGUGGAACCGUUGCAGUUAUGGUGCUUAUUUUCAGUGGAAGUGUUUGCUUGGUUUUGAUCCACAUUGUGGAUCUCUGUGCUGUAACUGAAUCUGGACGAGCAGAAGACGUUCUAGUUUUGUCUGGGAAGACAGCAGUUUUCAUUCAGUGUGCAGAAGCUACAGAGGAAAAGGAUUGUUAAACAUCUCCUAGAAUUACUAACAAGGGUUUUUGUGUACAAAGUGAAUCAUUUUAAUUUAUUUCUAUGUUUUUUUUAUACUUUGAUAAUUAUCCUUGCCUAUUCAUGAACUGAAUCAACAUGUAAGUCAGGAGAAUGUGGUUAAAACUCAGCUCAGUGGAUGCAGGCAGUCUGACGGAGCGAGAGGAGCUGCUGAGUUGCGAUCUGUGCAUCAACAUUUUGUUAACCUGUUUGGAGCUCGCCAGGAAAGUGAAUUUAUGGUUUAUAUUUUUUCUUUUGUUUUGUACAUUUUUAUUGUUUUUCUGUCUUUGUAAAUUUGAGCAGAAUCUAUAACAUCAUUGGAGCGAGUUUUCUAACUGUACACAUUAGGUGGGGUUGUGAGUAUUUAAAGUCCAUACAUGAUCAGAAGGUUAAAACUCUAUUUUCUGUAUUUUUAUUACCUCAGCUGAUUCAUCUGACGCAUUUGUUUGAAUGACUAAAAUCACAAUAAAACAGUUUUCUCUGAUAUAAUUUGAA